UGUUUUUUGAUACCAAAGCUACUAGACUUUUGCUUCCGAAAAAAAAAAAGAGAUUUCCGAAUCAUAGAAUUAUCACUUCUAGCUGUUGACAGAAAAGAAUUUAACAGUGAUAAUGAAAACGUUCGUGUCAUUAAUAAAUUAAACCUCUGCUUUAGACCACGUUGCCAUAUUUCACCCGAAGCUGCAAAAGCGGCAGAUUUAACGGAUUCAUUACUUCAGUUUCAACAAACAUUUGAAAACAGUGCUGAAUUAAUAAAAUUAUUCCUUAGAAGAUUGAAUAAACCUAUUUGUAUUUUAGCUUAUAGCGAUGAUAAAUUUGAUUUUCCUCUUUUAAGAACAGAAUUUAACAAUUCUCAAGUGGAUAUUUCUGGAUUGAUGCUUUGUGCAUACAUCAAACCUGUCUUCAAACGUUUUCUUCGUGAAAUACCCAUGAAAACUAAAUCUCCUUCAGUAAGGAAUGAAGAAUUCGAUCAAACAGGAUCUCCUUCGGCAAAGAAUGAAGAAUCAUAUCAAAUUGAAUAUCUUACUGAUGAUCUUACAAAUGUACAUUUGGAUAAUAAAUGUAACAAUGACAAAGAUGACAAUAUUGUUAAAGAUAAUAUAGACUUUCUCAAAAGUAGUUCGUCUAAUGAAAUAUGUAAAAACUCUGCAGACAUGCGACAAAUCUCAGAGGAUCAGAAAUUAUGUGAAACAAAAAGUCCAGUCAAAGAACCUCUAUUUACUAAUUCUCCAGAUGUUAAACAGAAUACUUGUGUUGAUAAAAAAACUCCAUUGAAAAUAAAAGUAAAAAUAUCUGACGAAUUCAGAAGCCUGUAUAACUAUUUUUUUAAUUGUCCUCUACCCGAUUCACGUACAGCCGAAGGUGACGCUUUGGCUCUGUUAAAAAUGGCAAAGAAAGUAAAUGAUCAAUUUCUGACAUGGCUGGAAGAAAAUAUAAUCCCAUUUGACAGUAUUCCCAUUAUAAAUGAUUAAAGAUAAUUUUUAGUCACUAUACAUAGAAAUAUAUGUAAUACACAUCGAAUAAUAAUACAAGAAUGUGCAAUGAAUUGCUUUUAAUUAUAUAAAAAAAAAAUUCAUAAUUGAAUUAGUUUUUGUAAUUGCAUGCUUCACCUUUUUUUUAAAUCAUAACUUUAUAUUUUUAUAUUAUAAGAAAAUGCUUUAUGGUUUUUUAUUUAUGGUAAUAUCAAUUUUACAAAUAAAUAUGUAUAAGAAACUAUAUAAUAAUAUAAAA